UAGGAUCUGAAAAUGCUUGUGAAAAGACUUCAUUUAUGUUUCUGCGACAAGAGUUGCCUGUGAGAUUGGCAAACAUAAUGAAGGAAAUAAGCCUGCUUCCAGACAACCUCCUAAGAACACCUUCAGUUCAGCUAGUGCAGAGCUGGUAUGUCCAAAGUCUUCAGGAGAUCCUUGACUUUAAGGACAAAAGUUCAGAAGAUUCAGGGGCUAUUCAUAGUUUUACAGAUACUGUGAUAAAAAUCCGGAAUCGACACAAUGAUGUAAUUCCUACAAUGGCUCAAGGAGUAACAGAGUACAAGGAAAGCUUUGGCAUUGAUCCAGUGACCUCACAGAAUGUGCAGUAUUUUUUAGACCGUUUCUACAUGAGUCGCAUUUCAAUUAGAAUGCUCCUUAAUCAACACUCUUUACUGUUUGGUGGGAAAAUUAAUCCAGCUCAUCCAAAACACAUUGGAAGCAUUGAUCCUAGCUGCAAUGUUGUUGAAGUUAUUAGAGAUGGCUAUGAAAGUGCCAAGAGACUUUGUGAUUUAUAUUACAUGAGCUCUCCAGAACUCAUCCUCGAAGAGUUGAAUGCUAAAUCACCAGGACAGCCCAUGCAAGUGGUGUAUGUGCCAUCACAUCUCUAUCACAUGGUUUUUGAACUUUUCAAGAAUGCAAUGAGAGCCACCAUGGAACACAAUGCUGAUCGAUGCAUUUAUCCUCCAAUUCAUGUACACGUCACGUUGGGAAAUGAAGAUUUAACUCUGAAGAUGAGUGAUCGUGGUGGAGGUGUUCCUAUGAGGAAAAUUGACAGACUAUUCAACUACAUGUAUUCAACAGCACCACGUCCACGUGUUGAGACGUCACGAGCUACACCUUUGGCUGGAUUUGGUUAUGGCUUACCCAUAUCACGUCUGUAUGCACAGUACUUCCAAGGAGACCUGAAACUGUAUUCCUUAGAAGGCUAUGGUACAGAUGCAGUUAUUUACAUAAAGGCCUUAUCAACGGAAUCAAUUGAAAGACUCCCCGUAUAUAACAAAGCAGCCUGGAAACAUUAUAAAGCAAACCAUGAAGCAGAUGAUUGGUGUGUGCCAAGCAGUGAGCCAAAAGACAUGACUACUUUUCGCAGUAUAUAGCUUUCUCCUCAACAGUUCAUAAGAAGCAGAUAUGUCUGUAAAGGGAAUUUAAAAGACCUGAUUUACUCCAAGAUGCUGAGCCAGGUUUGAUAACAUGAAAAUCAUUUUAAAUGGAGUAACUCUUUUCUGGAAUUAAACCCCCCCCCCCAAACAAAACCCAAGAAAAACCCCAAACCUGUACAUACUCUUAAGUGAGAAGGUCACACUUAAUUUGUUCCACUGUCUAUUUAUGACUACUUUCAGUAGCUAAAUCAAGGCAGCAGUAAUUUCAGGGUUUAUAGGGACUAAUGCAAUCUAUAUAAUCUCUGGUGAGAAAUGUAUUAAUUAAUUCAUAUAAUUACAAAAUUGUUUUAAUAGAACUAUUGAAAAAGCUCGCCAGAGUGUUUUUCCAUUACACAAUAUUACAGAUUAAUUAAAAAACUCAUCUAAGAAAUAUUGAGGAGUUAAUUGCUAUACCUUUGCACCUGUAUGGCACUUUCUAUUCUUUUAAGCAUGCCUAAUUUUGCAAAGUUAGAUAUGUUGCCUGCACACCUUGCCUACAUCAAGGUUUUCUGCAGGUGUAGAAAUCACACUUAGGUCUGUAGGGAUAAAUGAAAUUAAAAAUCAGUUCUAGCUGCUACCACUGGCAUAAUAUAUCUCAGGUAUGUGGUAUCAGUCAUAUUUCUUUGUUUGUAAUGUGAAUAUUUAAUACACGUGAAAAAUUUAUCUUGCCAUGAUCAUUGUGAUUUAGCAAAUAGUGUUGGCUUGUGUACAGUAAAGAUACGCUGUCUUGUAUUUGCUUAUAUUUCUGUAGGUAAUACCAAAAUGCAGUAUCAAUGUUCUAGCCCUAGUAAGAUCUCAGACUCUGGGGUAUGUCAGGUUACAGCUGUAAAUGGAACUAUUUUAAUAAACAGAUUUUUUAAA